GUGAGGCCAGGCGGGCAGUUCUGGUGACAUUGAUGAUAGAGGAGAACUGUUGAUUGGGGCAGGGACUGACUCCAAAGAAGAUGAAUAUCGAAAGGCUGCAGAAGAUGGCGGGCUCUGUCCGCACCGGCGGCAAAGGAACUGUGCGAAGAAAAAAGAAAGCAGUGCACAAGGUCUCCACAACAGACGACAAGCGACUUCAAGCAACCCUGAAGCGGCUUGGGGUUAACACCAUCCCAGGGAUUGAGGAGGUCAAUCUGUUUGUCGAGAAUGAUGUCAUCCACUUCACAAACCCCAAAGUGCAAGCUUCCAUUGCAGCCAACACCUUUGUUGUCAGCGGACCCUCACAGACAAGGAAGCUGCACGACCUGCUGCCGAGCAUCCUGCCGCAGCUGGGCGCGGACAACAUGAACACUCUGCGCAAGCUGGCCGAGGAGGGCUACGGCGGCGCUGGCGGCUUUGGCCGGGGACCCCCCGGCGGCGUGGGCACCAUCGAGGAGGAGGACGAGGAGGACGACGACGAUGUGCCUGACCUGGUGGAGAAUUUCGAUGAGGCCGCCAAGUGAAGCAAGCAUUUGCAACGAGGGGUACGCUGAUGGGAGGCUGUUCAAAGCUUAGCCUUCAGCUGCUGCUAUGCAUAUGUGUACACCUAGCUUUGUGGGAGCACUGAGAAAUACCGCCGUUUGCAUGAUCAGGCAGGGCAAUGUAUGUAACAGCCACCGAAAGGCACUAUCAUCACUUUGGUCUGUUUGACUGCUAGAAAGGAUCAUAACGGCAGAAUGGUACACUUUGACAGCUUAUGAUGAGAAGUCUAUGCACAUGUGUGAAUGGCUUGGUCUGUCAUGUUCUUUGCUUGCAAGCUUGGUUGUUUCAGCUGAGCAAAGCCGCUGUCCAGAGAUGUGCUUGGGUGAUCAGCCGUUGUCCUGAAGAAUCAGACCAGCUGUCAUCCAUGUAAUGCUGCAUGCCUUCUG